ACAGUUAGCAAACGCAACACAGAUAUGUGGUUGUUUUUGCUAAAAUCACGACACAUAUCCAGUCUUUCUACACAAUGGUAGUCUGACGGACUGUGCUAUUGAUCUGGCGAUGCUGCCACCCGUUUGAGAACUGCGUAUAAGCUACAUUAGCUCGUUAGCACCCACAAGCUAACGCUGACCAAAGCCACGUAGCUCGCUAGCUAGUUUGUUGUUGUCAUGGAUGAGGACUUUCUGCUCGCCAGUCAGCUGCAGGAGCAGUUUAACUACGAAUAUGAGACCUCGUUAUUUUCAUCAAACGGCUUCGAGGACAGUGGCUUCGGACACAGCAGUAAGAAACGGAAAGUGGAUGUAGCCGGAGGUGGCAGCGAUGUUGUUCCCUACUGGAAGCCGGCUCCCCAGCCCGAGAGGCCGCUGUCCAUCGUGGACGAGUCCUGGGAGAUGCUGGACCCCAACCCCGAUGUCAGGGCCAUGUUCCUGGAGUUCAACGAUAUGUUCUUCUGGGGAAAACUUAGCGGAGUAGAGGUUAAGUGGAGCCCCAGAAUGACACUGUGUGCUGGUGUGUGUUCUUAUGAGGGCCGAGGUGGACUAUGUUCAAUCAGACUCAGUGAGCCUCUGCUGAAGCUCAGGCCCCGAAAAGACCUGGUGGAGACCCUCCUCCAUGAAAUGAUUCACGCGCUCCUGUUUGUGACUCAGAACAACCGAGACAGAGAUGGUCACGGACCAGAGUUCUGCAAACAUAUGCACCGGAUCAACAAGGCCAGUGGGACGAAAAUUACCGUCUAUCACAGCUUCCACGAUGAGGUUGAUGUGUACCGUCAGCACUGGUGGCGUUGCAACGGGCCCUGCCAGAGCCGCAAGCCCUACUUUGGCUUCGUGAAGAGGGCCAUGAACCGGGCUCCGUCCUCCCUGGACCCUUGGUGGGGGGAUCACCAGAGGACUUGUGGUGGGACUUAUACCAAGGUCAAGGAGCCCGAAGGAUAUGGUAAAAAAGGCAAAAAGGAUGGAAAAAAGGAUGGGAAGACUUUGGAGAAGAAGGCCUUAGGAAAUGGGAAGCCAUCAAGUACAACUACAGGUUCUGGAUCACAGGAUAUAAGGAAUAUCAUCCCAUUCAGUGGAAAAGGCUUCCUGCUUGGAGGGAAGUCUCAGAACUCCACGUCUUCCUCCCCGUCUAACAAAGCACCGGUGCCUGUUGUGAGAACACCUUUAUCCAGCCCUGUCUCCUCUCCAACGAAGUUCUUCACCCCUUCCUCUCCUGCUAAUAGUCUCAGCUCUCCUGCUAGCUCUAGCCUGGAUGACUCAAUCAAUGGGAUCUCCAGCUCCUUUCCCUCCGUCAGACCAGGUUCUUCCUUAGGAAAAAAGCCACCCAUAAAGAGAUCUGUCGGUAACACGAGGGUUUUUGUCAACAUUAACGGCUCACCGGUGAGAAUCCCUAAAUCUCACAGUAGCAGUGGCAGCCAAGGAGCAGAUAACAUCAAACAGAAGUCCAUUGAAGAACUCUUCAACAGCGCAAGCCUCAGGAAGUCAGUGACUCAGUCCUCCGUCUCAAACACAGAGCCGAAAAGAGACUCUCUGACAUUACCGAAGAGUGCCGGUACUACCCAUUUAACUCCUUCACCUACUACAUCUAAGCCAAGCCUUAAUGUUUCCAACCAUUCUAAGUAUCCAUCUGUAGCUUCAACAGGUUCCCAAGGCAGCGCUGCUAAACCCACACAAUCCAAGUAUUUCACCGAUUCUCACAGUGACAGUUCAUCAGGAGCAGCUGCUGGGAGUCAGACGUCGAGGAAGAGGCCGUGGGAUGAGCGCAGCAGCUCAGCCAGCAUCUUUGACUUCUUCCAGAAGACAUUAGGCAGCGAUUCAGCAGCGUCGAGGGAGUCGACAAAGACAAAAUCACCUGCAGUGCAGCAAAGAACUGCCACCGUUACAUCCUCCUCUUCGACAUCUUCUCAAUCCUCUGCAGGACUGCACAGUGUUGCCUCCUCUUCCUCCUCCUCUUCUUCCUCCUCCUCUUCUUCCUCCUCUGCACUGAUGGUCAGCUGUCCUGUGUGCCAAGUUAAAAUACAGGAGUCAAAGAUCAACGAGCAUCUUGAUUCCUGCCUUUCGUGAAUGAGGACGACGUGUUAAAGGGGUGUUGCAAUUAAACCGUUUUACAGAUUGCAGGAAGAGUUUCAGGGAGUUUGCUGAGUUGAGUUUUAUUUUUUUUAAUGUUUUUUUUUCCUCAUAUUGCACCAAAGCUUCUUAACUGUGAGAUCUUAAAUAGUUUGGAAACUUAUAUCCCAAUUGGUUUGUCAUGUCAAACCAGUUGGAUUAGUUGAAUACCUCUCUAGUUGUACUAGCAGACUGGCUUGUUAUUUUUCAUAGUUGUCAUUGCUAUUUUAUGAUAAUAUGAGAAUUCUUCUCUGCAGUGCCUGCCCAACAGCCUGUGCCUUACUAUACCAACACAACAGCAGGGUUUUAUAGAUAAUGUAGUUGAAACUGAAUUGUACUUGAAUUAAUAAGGUGUUUCCCACCAGGUCUGUGCAUUCCUUUUUUAGCCAUGUUGAUCAUUUACAUCGUGAUCUUCCUCAUUACACUCUUCACAUCUGGUGUCACAAGACUCCAGUCCAUGUUAGAAAACUGCAAUAGCGAUAUUGCAGUGAAAAAAAAAAGAGGUGAUUUAUUUCCAAAUUGAUUGGUAUGAUGUGAAAACAGACCAAUUAUGGUUUGAACUCAGAAGCUGCUGUGUCAUGCGUGGGUUGAGUCUUGGCUCCUGUAAUCUGAUGUAGAAUCCAUCUCAGAUCUGCAUCUGCUGACCUUCAGACAGCAGGAGACACCGACUGAUCUCUGCUGAUCUGCAGGAAUCAGAUUUCACACUCGCUAGCUGUUUAUUUCUGCACGUCUUCACAUUUGCGCUGCACCCAGCCGCAAGGUCAGCCAGCGCAAAGGGUAUCUGAUCUCUCCUUAAAAACACGGUGAUAUUACACAUGUGCUUCACCGCUCAAAUCCACAGUAGAAGAAUCCAGGACGGUUUGUGUGCUUGUUUUUCUGUUCAUUUUACUGCUAAAAUAUUUCAACUUUCUGUCAGUAUGCCCUUUUAUGUAUAUGUUGCGAAGGAAAUUACUAAAUAUGUUCAGGUUUGCAUUGCUAAAUAAAACAUUGUUAUUGUUUUAAA